AUCACAUCAUUGUAUUGCACACCUCUAAAAAAACAGUGCUCUGAUUCAUAAAUAUAAAAAGAUCCUCUGAGGAGGGCACUUUUGUGAUGGCAACUUCACUUCUAGGGGAGGAGCCGAGAUUGGGGUCGACUCCUUUAGCCAUGUUGGCUGCGACGUGUAACAAAAUCGGGAGCCCGAGCCCUUCUCCUUCCUCUAUUUCGGAUAACUCCUCUUCGUUCGGAAAAGGAUUCCACCCGUGGAAACGAGCGGCAGCCAGCAGCUGUAGUUUAGGAUCCAGUUUAUCCUCUUUCACUCGGAAUGGCGGUGGUUUAAGCGACUCUUUUGGCACGAACUCUUCCACGGGAUCCAGUGCCUUUUCCUUGACUUCUGGUACUUCACCCAACUCCCACUUCGGAAACGACUACUCCGUUUUCCAGGCGUCUGUUUCCAACAACUCACAAGAUCCCAGCCACCAGCCCAUGUUUAUUUCCAAGGUGCACACGUCAGUGGACAGUUUGCAAAGCAUUUACCCGAGAAUGAGCGUGGCGCAUCCCUACGAGUCGUGGUUCAAGUCCUCGCACCCUGGCAUACCCACGGGGGAUGUGGGCACCACGGGCGCGUCCGCGUGGUGGGACGUGGGAGCCGGCUGGAUUGACGUGCAGAACCCGAACGGGGCCGCGCUCCAGACGUCCCUUCACUCCGGUGGACUGCAGACUUCUUUACACUCUCCUCUGGGCGGAUACAACUCAGACUACUCGAGUUUAAGCCACUCUGCCUUUAGUACCAGCGCGUCCCCGCAUCUCCUGACCACCGGUCAGCAUCUCAUGGACGGAUUCAAACCCGUGCUCUCCUCGUACCCGGACUCCAGCCCCUCUCCCCUGGGUGGAGCGGGAGGCUCAAUGUUGACAGGGGGUCCGACGGCCUCGCUGGCGGGAUCUCCGCGGUCCUCAGCGCGGCGCUACUCGGGCAGAGCGACGUGCGACUGCCCGAACUGUCAAGAGGCGGAGCGGCUGGGUCCGGCUGGCGCGAGCCUCCGCAGAAAGGGGUUACACAGCUGUCACAUUCCCGGUUGUGGGAAAGUGUACGGCAAAACGUCGCACCUCAAGGCUCAUUUGAGGUGGCACACCGGAGAAAGGCCGUUUGUGUGUAACUGGUUGUUCUGUGGGAAGAGGUUCACGCGCUCCGACGAGCUCCAGCGACAUUUACGCACGCACACCGGAGAGAAGCGCUUCGCUUGUCCCGUGUGUAACAAGAGGUUCAUGCGGAGCGACCACCUCAGUAAACAUGUCAAAACGCACAGUGCCGGAGGUUCGUCAGGGUCAGGGUCUGGGGCGAGUGGAGGGAAACGAGGGAGUGACACCGACAGCGAGCACAGCGUGCCCGGUAGCCCCUCGUGCCACUCACCUGACCUGUUGCAACCUUCCGAGUCUGUCCCGACCACGGGCAUGAACGGCCGAGCGAACUCCAUCGAUUAAUCCCAUUCAAAAUGCACGUGACACAAUUUUCUCGAAUGGACUAAACUUAUUUGACGGUUCACAAAAGGUUGUGCUGUUCGGUCGGUAACACUUUAUAAAAACUUCCAACAAUUCAAGUUGUUAACGAUGGAUAGAUAAUGCACAUUCAAUUAUCAAUAUCCUGUAUGAAACGAUAGAAACCAAAGUUUCAUUCCUUUUUAGCUAGUUGAAUGUACAUUAACUAUAGCUUCUAUUAAGGUUAACAGUAAAAGUUAUUAUAAAGUGUCACCUGGUGAGAAAUAACCGUGUGGCCAUUUCACUUGGAUGUUGUAAAGUGAUUUCAUUUACGAUUAAAAUGUAAUUUACAAUGACGUAAGCCUGUUUUGGUCUGCACAGAUAUAUCUACUACGCGACAUGAAUUUGGUAAAAUGGUGAAUAUUAAAAAGGACAUAAUCUGAUUUGUGCAUUCCGAUGAGGGUUUUGUCGAAUAGUCUUAUUUUACUUAGCCUACUGUUGUUAUGAAACAGAAAAAAAGUAUUUUACCCAUCAGUGAAGUGGCCUGUCAUUGCUAACUUUUUUUUCUUCUCAAAACCAAACUGUGGCACUUUAUUCAUUAACACUACUAAAAUCCAAUUGCGUAAGGAUAAAUUGCCGUAGUGUUGUAUAGACUUAGCUCUGUCAUUUACAAAUUCAUUUUUUUUUUUUUUUUUUUUAAUAUUCGGGGGGAAAAUAGUCUAUAUCGCACAUUGGUCUUUGUCGAAACUACAGACUACAAAUCCUAAGUUGUAUGAAUUGUACUUAUUUCCUGUUGCUGCAAAAAACCUGUACAUAUUGAAAAUAAAAAAAGAAUAGACUAGAAGGUUAUUCCACGCUGGUGUAAAGUUGGGUAUGUGUUUGUUCAAGACGCAAAUUUUGAAUAGUAUUUUUUAGUUGCAUAUAUAUUGACUCUAGUAAAUAUCCAAAACUGUAUACGGGAGUGUUUUUUUGUGAAGAAAAACGUCAUAUUUAUCCACGAGUUGGACUUGAUUUUUUUGGAGGUCUGUCUUAGACGCACUUUUGAAAUGAUUUGUAAGAUUUUCAAUUCCGAAUUCAGUGUUUAAUCACGUUUUCUAAUUUAUGUAAGCAUGCACAUGUAAGGUGAGCGUUUAUUUCACAUCAUUUAUUUGAGAAAUUGGCUUUCUAAUUUAAGCCACUCAAUAAAGUCAACAUGGAUUCAGCCAGAGUGAACGAUUUCCCGUUGAUAUUAUUACUGAAAUGUCCAACUUAAAUGAAUCUGUGAUCAAGUGCAGGACCUGUUACGCCAUUUCAUUUCCAAUUGAAAAAUAAAUAAAAUUGUUUUAAAAUGUUAUAAACUGUAGUUGUUGUGAAACCCACGAAAUGAAGCAACUUGGGGAACUGACGUUUACUAUUUGCUCUACCAAGUAGGCUACACAUUUUAAGUGUAACUUACAAAUGUCUUCAGAAUAUAUAGCUAAUAAACGUAAACCAUGUGUUUCUGAUAUAAUUUAAUCUUAAAGUCUUUGGCAAAAUUAGACACUACUUAAAAAUUGUAAACCCGUUGCAUUAAAAUUAGUAAAUGCUACAUUUAUUACUAAUUGAAAAUAUUAAUGUAGGCUAUGUGAACUUGACAUUUCCACAUUAGCCUACAUUUUUAUGCAUGACGUUUAUUUACUGAAUAGUUUUAAAGCAACGGGUUUCCUCAAUUUUUUUUUUAAGUUAAGUCAACUGAUCACUUUUUACAGGAUGUUUUAUUAUCUAGGCUAUAGUCUACACGGACGAUAUAUACUUAUAUACUACUUAUAGAGUUGUUGUUUUUUUUUUUUUUUUUUUUUUUUUAAAUCUCAGAAUCAAAUAACAGAAAUGACUGCGUUAUUUAGUAGGCUAGCCAUUCAGUAGGAUUUUUGUGUUUUUCCAAUGUCUUUCGAUAAAUAAACUAGUCUACUAUAAGCGCAUAAUUGUGUAUGACAAAUGAAAAUGAACAAAUAAAAAUGUAAAAAAAAUAAAUAAAAUAAAAUAAAAAAUGGGAUGACCCAGACAAGAGUUUACAUUGAACAAGAUAGUAUGCUAGUAUUAUGUAGUAAGAUAGGAUUUACCUUAAAUAAAUUAUUUUAUUAAAAAAAAAAAUCAGAGGAAGGUUAUCGAUAAUUCAUUUUAUUAAAACAUCGAAAAAAAUCAUCGUAACAAUAAACUACAUAUCAGACACAAUACAACAAUAAAGUUGCCGUUUCUGUCCGAGAGACAAUAAAGUUAGCCGGUGUGGGGGAAAAAGGUCCAACAUGUUGGAGGCUCAAACCACGAGCACGAGCGCCCCCACGCGCUGAUAAGGUCAUAAACAAAACAAUUGUGCAAUGUGCAGAAAACCAAUAUUCACAUUCAAAGGGUUUAUGCCUACUGUACAAACUCAUACAACCUUCAAAACAUAGUUAAAAGUGUUGCAAUUG